AUGUCCAGGAAAACUCUUCCACUGGAGCCAGGAUUUAACAAUAUGUUGAAGGCCACCGCUCUGUUUGGAAGCAAGAAGGCAUCAUCAUCAACAUCAAGGCCGUUCAAGAACUACUACAAUCAAUGGUUCAACACCCUCAAGAACUCCCUCCUCCCUCAUCUCCGCCAUGCGAUGCUCUCAGCCUCCUCCCCUACUCUCCUCGCCACCCACGUAGACGCCAUGCACCACCACUUCCAAGCCUACUAUGAAGAGCUUGAUCUCUGCUGUUCAUCUUCCAUCAACACCCUUCCCGAGCUCCUUUUCCCAGAAUGGCGUAACUCCCUCGAGAAGCCCUUCCUCUGGCUCGGUGAUCUCCACCCUUAUCUCUUCACGAACCUCCUCAGAUCAUUUCUCGAUGAUGAAGAAACAGAAAGAGGAGUAGGAAGAGGGAGUGAAGAAGAUGACGACAAAACUGUGGUGGAUCUUCCCCUGUUUCGGGAGUUUCUCGGUCAUGAGGAUCAUCAGCUGCAGCCAUGCAGCGGUUUGAUGCCAUGGGACAGUCCAUCCAAGAGUAUCUCGAUGAGGGUUGAUCAGAUUGAAUGCGGGCUGAGGCUAAUGGUGCCGCCUCUGGUGGUGCGUGCAAGAAACGCGCAAUCAGCAUUCGUCGAGAGAGUGGGAUUUGAAUGGAGGAAAUAUGAAGGGAGGAAGGAGGACGUGGAGGUGGCGGUCGGAGAGGCUAUGAUGGCGGCGAUGGAAGAGUUGGUUAACGUUUUCUUGGAUGCUAAUAGGCUGAGGAAAAGUGUUCUUGCUGAUAUCCUGAAUGCUACCAAUGUUUAUCAGGCGGCUCAGUUUUUUGAAGGAUUAGCCCGAUUUCUUGUUGGGUUUCAUGAUCAGCAAUUGCUUCGGGAAUUUGAGAAACACAAGGUGGGUCCUCUGUUUGUUUGCAUAAUUUGCGUUUCUGGGAAUGGCAUUGUUUCGUCAAAUUGGGAAUUUGGUUUACAGUUCUUCAAGGGAAAGGAGCUUAUGGUAAUGGCUAUCUCUUAUGGUGCCAAUCAGCCAAUGGUAAGUGACGCUAUCCAUGAAGUCAUUGAGGCCUCUGUCUGUGGAAAUCUUUUCUGUCAACUUGCAUUGGACUUAGACCAAAACUUGCAAUAUACUAACCCUUCAAUCCUACCCCAAAACUUUAAAUCCGUCAAUGCUGCUAGCCCAAGCCUUUUGAAUCCUUUAUUGCUUGCACGAGAUGACUCUGUCUGA